CCGCCACGAAGGGAAAUCGCUGCUCGGUGACCGCGCUGUAGGCAGAGAGACAAAGGGGAGACGCGGGACAUGGGGCUGCGGCGCUGAGCUCUGGGGGGACACAACCGCUGCUGGGACCGAGCACCCGUGGGAGAACGCCGUCGCCAUGUUCCCAGAGGAUCGCAAGGAGGGCAGCCCCCGUUUCGGGAAACUCCACUUCCCCGUCGGCCUCUGGAUCAACUCCCCCAAGAAGCGCCUGGCCAAGAUGAGCCGCCGGUGGCCCAGCGCCGGCUCCGUCAGAUCGACCUCCUCGGACACGGCCAGCCGCGGCAGCGAGACGGUGGAGCUGCGUCCCCCCAGCAAAACCAAACCCUCGCGGCACAAGCGUCUCUCCAACCUCUUCCACCGCAGCGGCGCCGGGACGGGCGCUGCCAGCGCCGGCGGGCGUUGGGCCAGUGAGAAGAAGCUGGCGGAGCUGGUGGACCCGGUACCCGAGGUCCUGGUGGGGGGUGAACAACCCCCCGGCCAGC